GGAGGGAGCGGUGCUUGACUCUGAAGCUCGGCAUUACUCAGCGCCGCGUUCGUCGUCGUCUCCGUUUCGUGGGGCGCUGCUCUGUACAGACUCUGUUGUUGGUGUUGGUGUCGCGGGCGAGUGGUGUGUUGGUGGAAUCGACGAUCGAUUUGUGUGUGUGUCUGUUGCUCUUGGGGUGUUGUUGUUCAUCGUCGUCGGUCGUUGGUGGAUCUCUGGGCCCGGAAGGAGGGAGGAGGGAGGAGUGGGUUUUUGGUGAUUCGUCGAGUGUUGUCAUCUGCCGGCAUCUCGCUCGGGGAGGCUAGAAGGUAGUGAUCCGAGUAGUGUUUGCUGCUUUCCGAGAAUUGCGUGCUCCGCGUCUGCUUCCCCUCCGGUCAUUUUGGUAAUACAUCGAAGAAGAAGAGGAAAGGAGAGGAGAGAAGAGAAGGACCUCAUCGAUGUCGCAGGAGGUUUUGGUGAAUCUUUCGUUCGGGGAAUGGAUGUGGAAUUUCACGUUUUAAAAAUCGAUAGAUUGUUUCUCUGAUUGAGUGCCUCAUUACGAAGGACGGACCGUGGUGGAUCGAGGAGCGCAGAGCUGAGUUCGGCGCUGGUUUGCGGGGCGGGGAGGAAGAGGAAUUUAGAGGCGGACCGUUCUGUCAUAGUCGAUGGCGGCAUAAGAAAACCUGACAGCAUUCUUCCUGAGCGGGGGAGAAACAUUUUGCGUUCGUUUUGAAGCCCGUCGCGCACGAGAUUGAACCAUUAGUUUUUCGCCGGAAAGAGGGCGCUUAUACUGGAUUCUGUGCAUCUUACCUAAACAAACAGGCCGUGAAGACAAGAAAAUCUAGUACAGGCGGAAUUCGUUGUAGCUCAGAGGGCAGGCCCGUGUCAUCAGACGAGCCCGGUAGUUACCAACGGCGAGAAGAAAGAAAAGCAGGGUUGCAACAGAACGGUCGUUCACUCAUGGGGGAUGAUAAGGCGGCUACCUCCUCCACCCUAGGGACACGGGUUUUGGGAGACAGGGAACUCCUGAUGCAGAGUCAUGUAGAGGAUGUGGAAGACCCGCUCAAAGCCGGACCCCCUCAGCAUUCCGGCUAUCAUGCAGGCCGUGAGGCUUUCUAUGCUGUUCUUCAGAGUUGGGCAUCUAAGAAGUUCAUGAGCGGCUGUGUGAUCCUGUUCCCGAUAGCAAUUACUUUCUACGUGACGUGGUGGUUCAUCGCAUUCUUCGACGGGUUCUUUAGACCAGUUUAUAAAGCGCUGGGUGUCCAUGUUUUUGGCGUAGGCUUUCUUACUUCCAUCAUCUUCAUCUUCUUGGUCGGUGUGUUUGUAUCCUCGUGGAUUGGUUCAUCGGUUCUCUGGAUGGGAGAGUGGUUUAUCAAGCGCAUGCCAUUAGUGAAACACAUAUAUUCUGCUUCGAAACAGAUUAGUGCAGCCAUAUCCCCAGAUCAAAACACCCAGGCUUUUAAGGAGGUAGCUAUAAUUCGUCAUCCUCGAGUAGGGGAAUAUGCCAUUGGGUUUAUCACAUCUACACUAGUCCUUCAGAACGAAACAGGGGAUGAAGAGCUGUGUAGCGUUUAUGUCCCCACCAACCAUCUGUAUAUUGGCGACAUUUUCCUCGUUGGUUCAAGGGAGGUCAUACGGCCUAAUCUUUCAGUACGAGAGGGAAUCGAAAUCGUCGUAUCGGGGGGAAUGUCGAUGCCACAAGUAAUUGCACCCAUUAUUGCUGCCGACCGAAGGGGAGUUGGAAACGACAGAGGGGCCAGGGUUUUACCUCCCAGAUGAUGAAUGAAACAUGACAGAUUCGAAUUUUGGAAAAAACCCUCUGUUGUUGUGCGCAGAAUCGAGGUCGUCGGUGUGGAUCAAAGUAGGGAAUAUUUUUGUCAACACUUGACAUGGCGUCAUGUAGAUGUUUCAGCAAAAUGUCAUUGAUUUUUCUGCAGGCUUCUGCAGAGAGUCUUUCUCGUGGUAGGUUUUGGUGUGGAGUUCACAUUGUCGAUAUGUACUGAACAUUUUAGAGAACUAGAGUGAAGCUCCAUCGAUGGGUUUGUGCUCCUUCAAAAGCAAACGGCGAGUCUUUGUACGUAUGUGAUCAGAGUAGAAUCUUUCCAACUGGCGUAGUUGGUUUCAGUCAAUUAGGAGAAGCACGUCUACAACUUAGGAUACCUUUUGUGUAUUGCUACUUUAAGGGCAAUUAUGCCAUUAAGCGGGUAAACAUUAAUUCUUAGGAUGUAAUGCGAGCUCGGGUGGGUAUUAGCAGACGAAUGCUGAAAGUUGGGGUUCCCUCCGCAUGUGCAGACGAGUGGGGUAUGAGUUUAGAUAGGUUGUGAAAUAGUGCGAAUAAGAGAUGUUACUUAUUGAAAGAGAUUGGGAACACCUUGAAGCAGCACGUUAAGCUUACCCGAUUUCCUUCAUGGCAAUUUUCAGACCUCGUAUUAGACUGACUUUCUCCUUUUCUUAGUAAAUGGUGCUAUACGCUCCUCCUGGGAAGAAAUUUAAAUUUUUUGGAGUUUCUUGUCCAGUCGUCACACG